AUGCUCAUCAACCGACAAGCAGCGCGCCCCAAUCCCUUUUACGCAAACGUCUCAGUCCUCUUGCUGGGCUGGCAAGAUGACUCUGCCGCCCUCGACAACAUUCGCGCCCUGCAACAGGUCCUAGUUUCCGACUACCGCUAUCACACACAAACAUGGCAGAUCCCCAGCGUCGCAAACCCCAGUACAAAGCUCAGCAUGCAAAUAGGCUCAUUUCUCGAGCAUGCCCGUCCGAAUCAUCUUCUCAUCAUCUACUAUUCUGGUCACGGCUAUGUUAGUUCAGACGGCCAACGCUACUGGGCCUGCUCCCCACACGACCAUUCUGCCAGGCUGAAAUGGGACGGGGUUCGCUGGCUCUUCGAAGACGCCCAGUACGAUAUCCUCUUCCUCCUAGACACGUGUGCCGCACCCGAGUCUAUCGCCUCCAGUCAUGGCCUCAAGCAGGUCAUCGCCGCCUGCUCUGCAGAAACCACUCGACAUCCCUCAGCCGCUUCCCGCGCAUACUUCUCUCCCUGUCUGACCGCAGCCCUACGCCAAUUAGGUCGUGCUACCUCGUUCUCUGCCCAGCAGCUGUGCCAGGAGAUCAAGAUUGCUUCUCAAGCAAACUCCAACUCCUCGCGCCGAUUUCCCUCGCCCGCUUUUGAGCCCCAAUUUUUCACCAUGACGCCUGACCAAGGCAAGAGCAUACAGCUUGCGCCUCUGAUAGAUUCCUCGUCCGAUGCCGCCACACCAGAAGCCGCCCGCCCUCGAGAUGCUCCACUCAGCCCCAAGUCCGGCCCGAAACUGAACUUUGACGAAGCUCGCGUUCUGGUUUGCACUACCUUCGUCGGUGAUGUCGGUCCAGACAUGUUGGCUCUCCACAGCUGGCUGCGGAACACACCACCUCUGGCCACUCAAAAAACCGUUGAGGGAAUGUUUUUGGGUCCUCCGAUAGUCCUGCUCAUAUCCAUGCCCACGGCUCUCUGGGCUAGCGUCCAGCAUGAGAAGAUUUGGUACUACCUCGGUACCAUAACCUCGCGCAACAUGGUCUCUCUGUACGACAAGAUGGUAGGGGCGUCCGCUGCCUCCGCCUCAGUCAUCGAAGCGAACACGGCAACAACGGGUGCCCCAGGGUCCGCUCCAACGAGCGCUCAUUCUCGUCCAGCGUCGAGUGCCCAGUGGCCAUUGCCCGGAUACGAGGUGAAAGAUGAGCAAGCGGAUGGACAAACAAGCCCAACAGCCAGACUGUAUCAGUCGCUCGCUACCGGGGGACUAGGAAUCAAACCACCAAAGGGUCCCGGUCCUGAGUCAGUAGAAAUGCAAGAAGCUGCUGAGCAACUCAAGGCUCUCAGUCACGUCCGCCACCGAAGUGGUGACGCCGCUGCCAACACGUCUCCCCAGCGUGCCGCCCUCCCGGUUUCUAUGCCAACCCUGCACCCUGGUUUCCGUAAUCUAACCCGUUCAGAGUCGAUGCCUGUGCUGGAUAGCGGCACAGGAUCCGCCGGUGCGAGGAUGAGGCGCAUGCUGGGAAAGCCUGACAUUCGAUGCGCGCAUUGCAGUCAUGCACCGUUUAAGGACUCGUCUUCCCUACGAAAACACAUCGCCGCCGCCCAUACGCGCCCGUUUCCCUGCGCGUUCUACUUUGCCGGAUGUACGAGCACGUUUGGGUCUAAGAACGACUGGAAGCGCCACAUUGCAUCGCAGCACCUUUGUUUACAGUAUUACCGCUGCUCUAUCUGCUUACAAAACACGGUGGAUGGAAAGGGCAAUGAGUUCAACCGCAAGGAUCUAUUCACACAGCAUCUGCGUCGUAUGCAUGCUCCCCUCGAGGUCAAAAGAGCUCUCGCCAAAGGUGACAACGGCCAGCAACAGUCAGAAUGGGAAAGCUACGUCAGAGAUAUGCAAACUACCUGCCUUAUCCAGCGACGGCAUCCACCGCAGCGGUCUAGCUGCCCAAAGCCUGGCUGUGUAAAUACCUUCGAAGGCUCGACUGCGUGGGACGAAUGGACAGAGCAUGUUGGUCGACACAUGGAGAAGGGCGAAGGCGACAAUCUUGGCGUCGACGACUUGCUCCUGCGGUAUGCUCUCGACGAAGGCAUCAUUGAGCGAAUUGGCGAGAAAGGAUACAAACUCUGUCAGGUUAUGGGCAGCAGCGGCACGCCUAGCCUGCCGGCCAGCCAAGCCAUGUCAGAAACAUACGAGUCGCAAGCCAUGUCCACGCAAAGCUCAGCGCCGCCGCCACCGGACGAUUCGCCGCCGUGGGGUGCCCGAUCGCUUCCGUCACUUCCUCCUCAUCCGCUCCAUCCACCGCACGACCGAGAUCCGAACCCGAGACCAGAAUGA